AAAAAAAGAGUGCGGAAGUUGCAGCAUCAGUGGACGAACCAAGAAACCAUGAAGCUUAUUGAGGCAGUCGAGAUCAGGGAAGGCACCUGGAACUAUUUGGUCAAAGAGUACAGGGACCGAAACCUUAGAGAAGCUCUGUGGCAAGAGGUGGCCGACGUAUUGGAGUUACCACGAGCAGAAGUUACAACAAAGUGGAAUAGCCUGCGUUGUGGUUUCCGCGCAUCGUUUAACAGGAUAGGAGCGAGUAAGAGCGGACAGGGUGCUACAAAGACGGUUUCUUCAAACCCGUUUUACAAUGCUUUAAAAUUUCUGGAGCCCACUUUGCGUGUUGAGGCAUCCACAACAUCAAAUUUAAUAGAUAUAAAUGAACCUUCGCAAGAGCAAUCCCUUUAUGACCCUGAAUUUCUCGAAGAAGAAAUCGUGCAACCUAAGUCAGCAAAAGCCUCGACAAAGCGCCAACGACAAGAAGAUUCCGAGUAUGCAAAGGUUGUUGAGAGCGCUUUGCAAACGAUGAAUUCUGCUGCAAAAAGCGAUCCUUGGGAUGAUAUGGGCAAUUUCGUGGCAUCAAAUGGCCGUGAAUUCGCAGCCGAAAACAUUCAGUUGUUUUAAGAUUGCAAUUAAUGAGGUUGUACUAAACUACCAGAAGGAGUUUGCAAGCCCACAGUAAUGCGCCAAACUCGAAUUACUGGCAAUGAUCUCAAAACAACAAUAAAUAGAUUUAAGACAUUUUAGUGAAUUUUCUUCGUGUGCCAUUUUAAUUUAAUCAAUUUUUUUAAUUUUUUCCCAAGUUUUAACUUUAAGAAAUCUUGAUGAAUUUUCUUCAUGUGCCUUUUGAAUUAAAUCAAUUUCUUAUGUGUAAUUAAAAGUACAAAUUUUUAAUUGAAUUCAUUUUCUUUUUAAACAUAUGAAUGAUAAGGAUAUUUAUG